AUGAUCUGGCGGCUUCGAGGGUCUCGCGCAUCCUUCCCCGCGAGCCUCGCCAUCCUUUUCCCUCUCCUAGCAGCUCAGCAGCAGCUGCUACUCGCUCAGGCCGGCGAUGUGCCUCUGGCAGCCUCCUUUCGCGGUGCUGCUCCCGAUGCCAGCCUGCGGUUACCCAACGCAGUAUCCGAUCCCGUCCGUCCGCCCGUGAGGUCUGAUGAGAGCGCCCUUGAAACACUGGCUCUGGCGGCCUCUGGCUCCGCCGUUCGAGCACCUCCUGUCCAGAUCAGCAGUCGGAACGACCCGACUCCGCAGCUUCAAGCGCGAUCUCUACAGGACUGGGAAGUGGAGGACUUUGUCCUAUUGGCGACCGUCGAUGGCACAAUUCACGCAAGAGACCGGAAGACUGGUGCUCCCCGCUGGGCGUUGGAAGUGCCCAGCAGCCCCAUGGUAGAGACCGUCUACCACAGAGCAAACCGCUCGCACUCGGCCAAGGAUGCCCAGUUUGAAGACGACUUUCUCUGGAUUGUCGAACCUAGCCGUGAUGGCAAUCUAUUCAUCUACAACAAGGGCCAGAACGGUGGCCUGCAGCGGCUGGGAUUGACCGUUAAAAUGCUCGUUGACGAGACUCCUUACUCCGGCGUUGACCCUCCCGUUACGUAUACCGCCAGGAAAGAGACUACUCUCUAUACUGUUGACGCCAGGACCGGCUCAAUCCUCCGCAUGUUCAGUUCCCGCGGACUCGUGGAUCCAGACCAGACCUGCCGGCGGCUCAAUGACUUCAAACCGGCCGGAGACGAGUGCAAGUCCGGCGGCAAGCUUACCCUUGGGCGUAUCGAGUACACGGUCUCCAUCCAGAAUACAAACACCGGUCAGCCCAUCUGUACGAUCAAAUAUGCCGAAUGGACUCCAAACAACCGUGACGUCGACCUCCAGAGCCAAUACUUCAAAACUAUGGAUGAGCGCCACAUAUACAGCAUGCACGACGGAGUCAUCUUCGGGUUUGACCACUCCAAGAUAGAUGGCCGCCGCUACACCCAACGGUUCAGCUCGCCUGUAGCCCGCGUGUUUGACGUUGCUCGUCCCAUGUCCUCUGACGAGCCUGACACGCCACUAGCUAUCCUUGCGCAGCCUCCGUCCACCAAUGACUACGGAUCGGCGGGUCUUGAUAACAGGGAGUCUCGCGUUUUUAUCAAUUGCACAGAAACAGGUGGCUGGUACGCCAUGUCCGAGCUUACUUACCCGCUCGUCACCGGUCGAGCACGUAUAGCAGACUGCUAUAAUAGAGACUUCUUGUCCCAGGACAGGCCGAUCACGGCUCUAGACCUCGCACAACAGAAAGCUGUCCUUGUUGGCGUACACUCUCUCACGGAACCGUCAGCCCAUUUUCAUCCUAACAUUCCUAGCAUCUCCGGCCCGCCUGCAGAAUCUUCCAAUGACACUCCCAGGGAUGUAUCGAGGGAACCGGAAAAGCUCCCUGCGCCGGCUGGUCCAGGCAGGAACAGCGUAAUCAUACGCAAGGGCUGGGACAAUGCACUGGACAUAUUUGUCACUCUCGUUCUAUUAUUCAUUGGCACUUUCAUUUACUACAAUACCCAGAACCUUCAGGAGCUGAUGAAGCACCGUCUUGAUCUGAAGAAUAUAAUUUCCAUACCUGACAGUUCAGUUACAACAAGCUCCAAAGAAAUUGAACAGAAACCCACGGAUGAACAAACAGAAUAUCCUUCACUAGUUGUUCAUCCACCCCCAGAGAAGGAAGAGCAAAAGGAACCAGACGAACCAGUCGCAGAAUCCAAAGCCGAACCUGUGGCAGUGGAUCCAAAUGCAUCCAGUCCACUGUCCUCGGAGUCAAACCAAGAAACACCUUCGGCGGAAGCCCAAACGCCAAAUGCGGGUGAACCCGCCGAAGCGGAAGAUCCCGCAGCGAAGACUCCACGAAAGAAAGCCCGUCGCGGGAGAAGGGGUGGCCAGGCACACAAGCGUGGCAAAAAGAAUACUCAGGACAGUGCCGAUCCAGAUAAUCCUCCCAGCCAGUCUGGAGGAUCUCAAGGCGCUAGAUUUAAUUUGCAGCCCGAUCUACAACUAGUUCGCACUCCAUCUAACACCGAGGUUAUCGAUGCUGACGGAGCCAUUCGCAUUGGGCAGCUGAAAGUAUACACUGACAAGGUACUGGGACACGGCAGCCAUGGCACAGUGGUCUACAAGGGUAGCUUUGAUGGCAGAAACGUUGCCGUUAAACGCUUGCUCGUCGAAUUUUAUGAUAUUGCAGCCCACGAAGUAGGCCUGCUCCAAGAAAGUGACGAUCACAGCAACGUCAUUCGUUACUUUUGCAGAGAGCAAACCGCGGGUUUCCUUUAUAUUGCCUUGGAGCUUUGCCCAGCAUCGCUACAAGACAUCGUUGAGCGCCCUCAUAACUUCCCAGAGCUCCUUCGGCAUGGUUUAGUCUUGCCGGACAUCCUCCGCCAGAUCACGGCUGGUGUUCGCUAUCUCCAUUCACUGAAGAUUGUUCAUCGGGACCUGAAACCCCAAAAUAUCCUUGUUGCUGCACAAAAGUCUGCACGGGGGUUGAACAAUUUGCGCCUUCUCAUCUCCGACUUUGGUCUGUGUAAGAAGCUCGAAGACAACCAAAGCUCCUUCAGGGCCACAACAGCGCAUGCUGCAGGAACAUCUGGCUGGCGUGCCCCUGAACUUCUCGUCGAUGAAGACCAGUCUAACGUCAACCCAGCUUCGUGGGCUAACAAUGGUACUCUGGACUCCUCUGAACCGGCCGUGGUUGAUCCACAGACCAACCGCAGGGCCACAAGAGCUAUCGAUAUUUUCUCUCUUGGCUGCGUGUUCUAUUAUGUCCUCACUCAUGGAUGUCAUCCAUUUGAUAAGGAUGGCAAAUUCAUGCGUGAAGCAAACAUUGUCAAAGGCCAUUACAACCUCGAUGAACUCCAACGUCUCGGUAAUUACGCCUUUGAAGCAGAGGAUUUGAUUAGUCGCAUGUUAUCUGUAGAUCCUCGUCUAAGACCUGACGCCACUUCAGUCCUGAUUCACCCUUUUUUCUGGUCUCCAGCCGAACGGCUAAGUUUCCUCUGCGAUGUCUCAGACCAUUUCGAGUUUGAGCCAAGAGACCCUCCUUCACCAGCUUUGCAAUGCCUUGAAUCCGUGGCCGAAAAUGUCAUGUACCCAGACAUGGAUUUCCUGAAGCUACUACCGAAGGAAUUUAAAGACAGUCUCGGCAAGCAACGCAAGUAUACUGGCUCAAAGAUGCUUGACUUGUUGCGUGCGCUACGGAAUAAGCGUAACCAUUAUAAUGACAUGUCUGAACACCUCAAGGCCCACAUCGGUGGCCUUCCAGAUGGGUAUUUGAACUUUUGGACAGUGCGUUUCCCGGGAUUGCUAAUAAACUGCCACUGGGUCAUUAGAAGGCUCGGUUUGGUUGACUUAGAGAGAUUCAAGCGAUACUUCACCCCGCCAUGA